AUGCCAAGUCCUGUGCCACCAGGAGAACAAGACACAGGUCUAACUGUAUUAGGAAAAGUAUCAUUUUUUCAGAUUUGUGAUCUGGAAGGCAAAAGCUUCAUCACUUGUCAAGACAUGCCAAUAAAACAUAACUGGCUAUACAAUGUACAAACCAGACUCUCAGCUUUAUCAGAUAUAGAUGUAGGAAAUAUAGAAGAACGCCAGUUUCUUAUGGAGUAGAUUACUUUGAAUAAGGAGAUGAUGCAGCAGUCAGAAGGUGAAACAGUCUGCCAGCUUAAAUGCAAAGAGAGCAUGAGUGAUGAUGAGGGUGAAGAAUUCCAGUUCUCAGAUCUGAUGGAUUGAUUUGGAGCUAAGAAGGUUUGUGAUGAUGAGAAUGAUGUGAAACAACUUUGAUUGCAGCUGAGAAAAGGUGAAUCUCAUUUACUUUUCAGUUUUGAAGAGUUCCUGGUCAGAAUUUUUUCCCAGCUCCAAGAAGCAGAUAAUGAAAAGAACAACUUGAAAUGUGCUCUAAAAAAUCUUGCUACAUGCCAGGCAUCUGUUAUCCUGAAGGCUGACAUGCUUGAACUUAUUUACUGUCUCCUUAGUUGUUAUCAGUUCUAUGAUGUUCCUUCUCCUGUCACCUUAACAUUGCUUUCUCUCUACGUAUUAUUAGAGCAGCAAUGUACAGAAUUUCUCAGUAGCAAAGAAGAAAUCAAAGUAGAGAGCACCAAGCUGAAGCAGACUAACCAGGAGCUGCAGAGAGACCUGGAGAGAAAGUCUCACAAACUAAGCCAGGCUCAAAAACAGUGACAGAUGCUUCAGGAGGAGGCAUCAAGACUAUGUGAGGAGAAGGAAAUGGAGGUACCCCGAGUGACAGAAACCUUGCAGAGACAAAAGGCAGGACUUCUGAAGCAGAUGGAUUUUUUAAGCAGAGCGCUGCAGGGACAGCCUCCGUGCCAGGGAGAAAAGGCAGGAGCUGCCCCAGGCCAGGUCCCCAGGCUGUCCCGGCUGGCGGCAGUGGACCCACUGCAGGGCACAGUUGAGCCCGGCAGCAGCAGUGGUGGUGCAUCUGGGAAAGAUUACAAUUUAAUUUUCUAUGAACGCAGUGCAUAUUCUGGGUAUAAUACCAAGAAGUCUGUGCUUCACUUAUCUAGGAUUUUAAAAGAACACGAAGAUAAAGUGAAAGAGAAAACCACUGAAUUUCAAGCUGAUAUGAAUAAAAAGUCUUGCUGUGUCAGGCCAUAA